AUGGCAUCCGCCAUCACUGUAGAGCUGGCUCGGACAACCUCUUGGCAGUCUUCACUUAGCUGCUUAGACCCCAUUUAUCCAGCAAAAAUGUCAUCAGGGGAAUGCUCUUCGAUACCACCAUGUAACAUCCACCGACUGACCCGUACCGUGGCUUCCCAGAUUAGGGCUAAUAUCGCAGAAAGGAUUUACGCUGGAAGGAGUUUCCAGCUGACUCAGAGAGAAAUCAUCGGGAGUGCGAAAUUAAAGCGCGAUCCGUGCUUGACGUUGCGGCUUGAUCGUGCAGGGUUAUCUGGCCGACAUGCAUUGCUUGAACCGCGGCCUCAGGACCCUGCUCAUCCGUUGCAGAUCUUUGAUAUUGGACCGUCCCACAAAAGUCUGCGCGAAAUAAUAGAACCAGACACCCAUACCAACGGCAACCUGGUGCAGGACUUCAGCUCUUUCAAUCAGCUGGGAGGUGUCUUCGUAAAAGUACGUUCCUUGUCAGAAUUGGCCGUCGACGAAGGUGACGAAGUUUGGUUCGAAUAUUACAUCCCUGAGGAAUUGCCUUCGGAAGUGGCAUUCGGAAAUACCAAUGCUUACCGACAACCCAGCGGUAUGACAGGUGCCAAACUGAUAGUAGAAAGAGGGCCGCAACUGAGUGAGAAGGACGCCUUCUGGGACCUCAUGAGAAUGCACGAGAUACCACGAGAAGUACGAUACUAUGUAGUUGUCGCCUUGAACAUGCUCGGGGAUCCGGAACAUGACCUAUUCGAAAGGUUUACUAACGUGCCCUUUGAAGAUCUAAAAGCGAUGUUGCAGCGUCCUGUGUCCCCGGAGACUGUGUUACAGUUGGAGUUAAUGAGGCGCAGGAUCCACGAGUUUCUUCCGUGGAGGUCUAAAAGUCGUCCGUUGAUUUUGAAGGCAUAUCAGGGCACGGUGAUUGCAGAGGUGCGAUGGUUCGGAGCUCAUAUUGUACCUAACAACGCUCCGUAUGGUUUCCCGCCCGUUUCAGAAGAAGAUGUGCGACCGGUAUCGACUGGGGUGUCGACCGAAAAUAACCACGCUGCCGGGAAAGUCGCACAGGAUGAGAACAAUCGGACCCUCAUCCCCACCCCAGCAAGUACCGCUGCUUCCACCAAUACCAGUGCCACCGACGGUACCGAAGCCGACAGACUCACGUCCGAAGUGGAAACCAAACCGGAAGAUGAACGCAACGGUAACGAACGCAACGGUAACGAACGCAACGGUAACGAACGCAGCACAUCCUACUCGGAAGGGUCCAGUGCGCGCUGCGAUACUUCCGGCCCUGGUCCCGGCGAGGUGGGUAGUGGUGAGGUAGACUGUGGUGAGAUGGACCGUGGGGAAAGGGGCCCUGGGGAAACGGGUCGUCCAACAGAGACCCUCGGGUCGCUGCGGCAGAGACCCUCGGGACAAAGCCGCUCGAGUCACGGCAGCGAGGCCAAGGCGGUGUCAUGGUGGGAGACGUGUUACUGGACGUCGAAUGCACUCCAAAUGAAGGUGGACGUGCACCCAAGUAUGCAGCCGUACGUGAUCCAAAAUGGGUUGCUGAACGACCGAUACGCGUGCGACCCAUACUUCCAGAACGUGGGGCUGGGACUACCGCCGCUGCCGGGCAUGCUACCGCACCCGGGCGCGGAGGAGGUCGCAUCCUCGCGGUAUACAGCCAACCCUAACCACCUGGUCCAGUCCGGCUCUGGGCCAUCCACCGGAAUCGGGCCCACGACCGUUGGGACCGGAACUGGAACCAGGACCGGAGCCGGAACCAGGGCCGUUGCCAGAACCGGAGCGAGCCCGAAAUGCACGGACGAGAGCCGGCUGGCGGCGGGCGCGCCGUUUGCGUUGGACGCGGCUCAGCUGGCGGAGGUUUAUCGAUCCUCGGAGAUGUCGGAGGCGCUGGCAGAAGCGAUGCUGAGUCGGCUGCGGACGGCGCGUCCGAGUGGUUCGCCGGCGAGUGCUCCUUCGUCGGCGCGACCGGUGGCCAAGGCGGAGCUGGCCGUUGCGCGUUCUGGUUCCGACCCCGUGUUGACCACGACCGCCAGCGACGCAGACGGGGACGCGAAACUGCCCUUCUACCUGAGCGCGGAACCGGAGUUGGCCGAACUCUCAGCCGUGCCCUCCUCGGCCGUGCUCUCCUCGGCGGUGCCGUCGUCCCUAAGACCCUCGGUCUCUGCACCCGCCGACGACCCGAAGGACGCCGGUUCGAAACAAAGUGGCGCCAAGGGAGGCCAGAAGGAAGGCGGCCGUGAGGCGACGAUGGUGGAUGUUCUCAAAGCACGGGUCAUUGAGGGUCAGGGUGGAGGGACGACGUUGGCUCCGGCAUGGCACGAAGACGAGCGGCGGAUCGUGGACCCGAUCAACUUGGCGCGUUGCGAGAACUGGUUGGCACGGACGCCUUUGCAAUGUCUGCACUACGACAGUUUGCCCGAAGAUUGCUUCCCGGAAGUGCGUUUGCCGCCUCUAUUCGGUAGCGGGUAUCAUCUGACCAUCCGGUUCAAGAAGGGGCAAUUUGUGAUCAAAGAAACGUUUCCCGCGGAUUCGGCGGAUUACUCCAGUCUACCUCCGUGUCUGCGGGAGGUAUGCUACCACCGGCCACCGCGUCCGUCAUAUUUUAGCCGCGAAGGGUCGCGUGUUACUUUGGCUCCGAGUUUCGCGCCGCCAAAAAAUGCAGAGUUCAUUCCUGGUAGCCAACACCCUUGGGCGCCGCAGGUAGACGUGAUUGAUGCGGUCUGGUUGCGGGUGCAGCCGUGCCAGCGCAAGAAGGAGGGCGAGACAGCUGAUUAUUACAAUCGCGUGAAGUGCCACCUUUUCGGUCGCGGCCUGGUGCUGAAGAACGGCGACAUUUUCCGACUCGGUACGCUCGAGUUCCAGGUGCGCCGCUUCAACGAGGGCUCGGCAGGGCUGCAGGGUUGUCGACUGCGCAUGGAAGACGAAGAGAUCUGCAUCCAGGACCUUUCUCUGAGCGACGAGAUACCCAUUUCAUUUUACGGGAUUUACGACGGACACGGCGGCCGUGAGUGCGCGUCGUUUUUGAAGGAGGAGCUCCACUUGAGCUUUGCGCACCACGUGGGUAUUCUCACGGGCCAUAUCGACCUGUCUUACGUGGAGCCCGUGGUGUUCGAGGCGCUGUACAGAAGUUUCAUGGCGACGGACCGCGCCUUUUUGAAGCAACAAGUCGCCAAAAAGUGCCAGACAGGUCCUGGUGGUGCUGCAGUAGUGGUGGUCAUCGCCGGAGAUCAAAUCUGGUGCGCAAAUACGGGCGACGCGCGCUGUCUCAUUUCGCGCAAAGGCACGGCGCUGCAACUCUCAGUUGAUCACAAACCCGACCGGGAUGAUGAACGACGACGCAUCGAGGCUGCCGGCGGCUACGUCCGCAACCGCCGUAUCCUUGGCAGGCUGGCUGUUAGUCGGGCUUUCGGAGACAUCGAGUACAAAAACGUCGGCAACGCCGGGCUCUCAGCCUUGGUCAUCGCUGACCCAGAAAUACGCUACCUCAGUACCAUCUCGGCCGACGACGAGUUCCUUGUCCUCGCCUGCGACGGCCUCUUCGACGUCUUCUCCUCCCAAGACCUAGUGUGUUAUAUUCGCGCACAACUGAAGAAACAAAAAGAUGCGCAAACGAUCGUCGAGGAACUCGUCCUCGAAGCCAUCGAGAAACGCUUCUCCCAGGACAACGUCUCCGCCGCAAUCGUUCUACUCAAAUAA